GUUCAACCUCUUCUCAGCUGUUCGCGCAUGUGAACGCGUCUCACAUGGUCGUUCGGCUGUAAACAAGAAACAAACUCUCUGCGAUACACGCUUGCAAAUGGCAAAUCACGCGUAUUCGUUGGCUCGGAAAACUUUCGUCUCGCAUGUGUGUAACCGAGCGUUAAACGUGAUGCAAAGCUACGCGGAGAGCAGACCGGCCAUUAUUUUGGGAAUUGAGACCAGUUGCGACGACACGGGAUGCGGGAUUGUAAAUACAGCGGGAGAAAUAUUGGGCGAGGCGAUACAUUCUCAGCAUCUAACUCACUUGAAGUACGGUGGUAUAAUACCUAAAAUUGCAAGUGACAUACACAGACAGAACAUAACCGAUGUCUGCGAGACCGCGCUGAGGGCGGCCAAUCUGAGAUUAAAGGACAUAGAUGCUGUCGCGGCUACAAUCAAACCAGGUCUCUUUUUGUCGCUCGCCGUUGGAAACGCCUUUGGCCAGUAUCUCAGUAGAGUAGGUGACAAACCGUACAUACCAAUAGACCACAUGGAAGCUCAUGCGCUAACGGUGCGCAUGGUGGAGGCGGUAGAUUUUCCCUAUCUCGUAUUGCUCGUAUCAGGUGGUCACAGUAUAUUAGGAAUUGUUGAGAACGUCGAUCGGUUUUACACUCUGGGCACAACGCUGGACAAUCCACCGGGUGAAGUUUUGGAUAAAAUCGCUCGCAGACUCAAGCUCGUGAACAUGCCAGAAUUUUCUCAGAUGAGCGGUGGUCAAGCGUUGGAGGCCGCGGCGAGCAAAGCGACGGACCCGACGAAAUUCGUCUUCCAAAAUAUCAUGACGCAACAGAGAGAUUGUCAGUUCAGUUUCGCGGGUGUGUACAACCAGUGUCUGAGGCACAUUAACAAACAGGAAACGCAAUUUGGCGUUGACGGCAGCGCGGUGAUUCCCGACGUGUACGAUCUCUGCGCCGCGGUUCAAACUGUUGUCAUAAAGCACAUAUGUCACAAAACUCAAACAGCGAUGGAGUUUGUCAGCAAUCUAGAUCUGUUCCCAAAGGAAAAGCAAACCUUGGUGGUGUCGGGCGGGGUGGCGUGCAACAAUUUUCUGGCGAAAGCGUUGGAGGUCGUUUGCUCGGAAAAGGGUUUCAGAUUCGUCAGAACGCCGCCCCAGUUGUGCAACGACAACGGCGUGAUGAUCGCGUGGAACGGCGCCGAGAGGUGGAUGGCGAACGCGGGUGUUCUUCGGGACAGAGAUGCGAUCGAGGCCGUGACGGUGCAGAAAAAAGCAGCUUUCGGAGAGGAUUGGGUCGGAAGGGUGCAAGACGCGAACAUAAAGUGUAAACUAGUAUCGUUGAAGGGGAUUUAAGACAAAAACAUUGGGUA